AUGACACGCAAUCUGGCAAAAGUACGCUUCUUUUUUACCCUCGUGCUCUGUGUCCUGCCACGGGCCGCUAUAAGAAUUCCGGCGGCUGUUGUUCGUGCGUGCUUGAAAAAGUUGCCAUUAGGGUCGUCCAUGUGGAAUGGGUUUGCUGGCGCCCUCAUGACCAACACACCCCCAGAUCAGUUGCAGGCAGUGCUUCCAUCUACGCUAGAGACAUAUGAAGCAUGGGUUCAGUCUCAUGGGGUUAGCCGUGCGGUGGAUGUCUUAGCAGCGGACAAUGCCACUCGUCUGCUUUGGAUAGGGCCAAGUGUAUCAAAGAAGGUACUUCUUUUCUUCCACGGUGGCGGAUAUGUGAUGCCACUUUCUGAAGCGCACUUGGACUGGAUGGCGUAUCUACGAGCCGAAGCAGUCAACGCUGGGGUGGAUAUGAGUGUGUGCAUUCUGGAAUAUGACUUGAUACCGACCAGCAAAUAUCCCAGACAGAUGAAACAGGCAAUAUCGGCAUUACAGCGUCUACUUAUUUCCGGGUAUAGACCUUCUGAUAUCGUCUUCGGAGGAGACUCUGCUGGAGGCCACCUGUCGCUUUCCCUCAUGUCGCAUCUCCACUGCCACUAUCAAGCCAAGGAGGGGGCAAAGGAUGUCAUUCACAUACAGGGCCCUGUGAAAGGAUGUUUUCUUGUGUCGCCGCUAGCAUCGUUUGACUUCAACGAAUGGGGACGUUAUUUUGUCGAUGAUUCUCCGUGGCACGAGGAGAUAUUUGCUGGAUAUGGCUGGGGAAUGGCCCUGGAUGUUCCGGAUAGCUGGUGGGACGGUUUCACGGCUGUGGAUCAUAUUCUUGUGACCGGCGGCUGCGAAGAGGUGUUCAGCGAUCAUAUUCGACUGUUAGGCAAGGUCUUGAAAACAAAAUGUAAGGGAAACGUGGCCUUGCACAUGAGUAAUGAAACCCACGAUGGACCGCUUAUGGACUUUGGGGCUAGAAGGCCGCCUAGUGCAACUACAAGGGCCAUUAAAGACUUCGUUAUAGCUUGCUUAAAGGAUUAA